AAAAUUCCGUGUGGAGAGGGCAAAUGGCAGCUAUUUCUUGAUCAUCCCAUUUCUUACUUCUCUCUCUCUCUCGCCGAACCCCAUAUAACGAUUCUUGAAAUUCACCCACCACUCUCUGUAAUACAUGUUCGUGCAUGCAACAAUUGAUCAGGGACAGUGAAAAGGCACGAUUUUUACAAUCUUUAAUGUCAUUUCGUAUGUGGGCUGCUGUCAAAUAACGAAAGAGAGGAGCUUUCGUUAUCAAAUUUUGAGGGUAAAAUCUGAAUUGGGGUUUUGGGUUUUUCGAAGACAUGGACCUCGGAAAACCCGAAACUAAGAGGCUCUAUCAAGUUUGGAGAGGAAGUAAUAGGUUCUUCUUUGGAGGAAGAUUGAUUUUUGGACCAGAUGUGGCUUCUUUGUUCUUAUCCACAUUCAUGAUUGCAGGUCCAGCUAUUGCAUUUUGUAUAAAGUUAUUUCUCAUCUCUAGGCACCGGCUCAAAGAAAAUAAAAAUGCCGUUCCGUGGUAUGCUAUGCUCGUUGUGGCUAUAGUACUAACUGUGUUGGAUAUACUUUUUCUCUUCCUUGCAUCUAGUAGAGAUCCUGGGAUUGUUCCUAGAAACAAAAGGCCUCCUGAGUGUGAUGAGGCAAUCGAAAUGAACACCCCUUCAAUGGAGUGGGUGAAUGGUAGAACUCCUCAUCUGAGACUUCCCCGAACAAAGGAUGUUAUUGUAAAUGGACACACAGUGAAGGUGAAAUUUUGUGACACGUGUUUGCUCUACCGUCCUCCCCGUGCAUCACACUGCUCCAUCUGCAACAACUGUGUUCAGAGAUUCGAUCAUCAUUGUCCAUGGGUUGGUCAAUGCAUUGGUGUACGUAAUUAUAGAUUCUUCUACAUGUUCAUAUCAACAUCGACGCUCUUGUGCGCCUACAUCUUUGUUGUUUCAUGGUGCAAUAUUGUCACCAGGAAAGGCACCGUGUGGAAGGCAAUGACAUCCGAUUAUUUGUCAGAUAUUCUCAUCCUCUACUGUUUCGUUACCUUUUGGUUUGUAGGCGGUCUAACAUUCUUCCACUUCUACUUGAUCAGCACCAACCAGACGACGUAUGAGAACUUCAGGUAUCGGUAUGUUAAGAAGGAGAAUCCUUACAACAAAGGGAUGAUUAGCAACUUCAAAGAAGUGUUCUUCUCUAGAAUCCCACCUUCUAUGAAUGAUUUCCGCUCAAUUGUCAUCGAAGACGAGGCCGAGGUCAUGGAAAUGAUGGACCAGAAUUUCAUGGGAGAUAUCACUAGCAAGAAGGAAAAGAUAGAUAUAGAGAUGGGAUCUAGUUUUGUUGACAGCAACGGCAUUGUGAUACCUGAUCUUCUACGCAAUCUUGAAUUCGAUGACAUUGAAGACCACAUGAAACACAAGGAAGGGAGCGAAAGAUCCGACUCCAGCAGCCCGUUGGUUACUCCUGCUGAGGGAGACCUGACAGAGUCAACAAAUAACUUAGCCUUUGAAACUGAGGCCAACCAUGUGGACAAUUGUGAUGCCACAAUAUCUCUACAUCGCAACUAAACAGACGACGACCGCUGUAGCUGGAUUCUUCGACGUGUUCAACCUUACAGCGCAAACAAUGUUGUUGAGAGCAAUCUUGCAGCAGAAUGAGGGAGAAAUCAUGUCAGUACAAAGCAGUGCACUGGCUCAUAUGCAUGCUUUUUGUUGUUUUUGCUUUUGAGAAAAAAUUGUGUAUUUUGUAAACAUAUAUUCUCUUCGGAGGCUAAUAUAUUAUAUAUACACUGUUUUGGAUU